AUGAAGUUCUUACCAGUUCUGGCAGUGAUCGUGCUCUGCCUGGCAGCAGCUCAAGCUGGCACUAGUCGUCCCCAGCUGGUCCGUCUGCACCAAGUUACCCGACGGGAGUACAACGAACUGCUCCGACUGACCCAAGGCAAGGAUGAGGUUUCCGAGGCCCGUUUGCUCAGCAGCUCGAUUGCUGGCAUCAAGGGUUUGGCCUCUGGCUUCGCCGCUGGCAACUUUAUUCCGGCCAUCUUCAGUUCCGGUUCCAAGGAUCAGCCCAAGAAGGGUCGCCCUCUGUGCGUGAUCUCCGCCAAUGAGCUGGAUAUUAACCAGGAUGACGAGAGGCGCCUAGGUCGUGUGGUGAGCAUCGAGUACGAGCCGAACUCCGACUCCAGCUCAGGAUCAGGAUCGGGCAGUGGAAGUGGUCAUGGCAGCGGAAGUGGACAUGGAAGUGGUCACGGUGGUGGACAUGGAGGUGGUCAUGGAGAUGGAAGCGGUGAAGACGACGAUGAUACGACCACGGUGAACUGCAUCCUGAUUGUUAAUGGCACCGAUUCAUCGACCAAGCCAGGACAUGGUAACGGAAACGGGCAUGGAAAUGGACACGGACACGGACACGGUCAUAGUCCCAAGCCAGGCUUUUACCCACCUCCACCACCGUUCUAUCCUCCCUACUAUGGCUACCCACCCUUCUAUCCACCUCCGCCUUACCCCUACCCACCACCACCUCCACCACCACCCAACCACCACCAUUCCGGCGGAGACAAACGAUCGGUGGGAGAUGAUGAAGAGGAGGAUCUGAGUGGUCUGAUCGACGCCUACAACAGGUUGUACUACCAGCGCAAGGGAUUCACUCCGAGGAGCGGAAAGUACUCGAAGGUCAACCAGGAGACCUCUGCCUAUCAGCCAGCCAGCUUUCCCAAGCAAGAGUACGCCUCCACUUAUCCCAAGGUGAUCCGCAACUAUGGACUCACCCAGCCAGCCCCCCGUCUAUGUGCGAUCUCCCCAGGUUGA